GACCGCUUUUGUGCCCACUGGAUGUCCCAAGUUUAGGAAUGGGAGACCUGCAGAGGUGCCUAGCUACCGGGGAAUAUGGCUUGCUCAAGGAUUGUCCCCUGUUUGAAAGCAAUUUCAUGCAGGUAACCAAGACAGGAGACAUAGCCAACAGGGUUACUGUGGGCAUUGCUGCCACCAGCCCAAGCCUGGAGCUUCCAGAUCUCAUGCUCCUGGCCCGACCCGGCUCAUGCAUAACAGGGCAGUACCCGUGUGAGUGUCCCAAUCCUGAGGCAUCGCCAGGCCCCGACGAUGAGCUGCAGCUCUUUGGGCUUCUGCCCUUGAAGUUUGUCCGGAUCUACAUCCACGACGAGGCGCGAUACCAGCUCAAAAUCCGCCUGGCCAACGGCCGCACCUUUUACCUGCAACUUCUGGCACACCCCCUCAAACAAGAGCAUGUCUUUGGGCAGUGGGUACGGCUGCUCUACCGCUUGCGCUUCCACCAAUCUGACGCUCCAGUUGGUUACGAGCAGGUGAACAACCCUCAGAACCGGAGGCCCAGCAGACAGUAG